CAUUUGACGCCACCAUAAUUGCAAUAUUGCGCAACAACGGACGCGUGAAACGAUGUCCACUUGAUUAAAAAAAUCAUUGAAAAAUGGCAGAUUUUGAAGUGGAAAAGGGGAAAAGAUUAUCCUUUGCAGGACUCGGACUUCACGACUGGCUUGUCAGACAGUGUGAAGCAGUCGGAAUCAAACAACCAACACCCAUUCAACACAACUGCAUUCCAGCAAUUUUGAGAGGUAGUGAUUGCAUUGGCUGUGCCAAGACGGGGAGCGGUAAGACAGCUGCUUUUGCCUUGCCUAUUCUUCAGAAACUGAGUGAAGACCCUUAUGGAGUCUUUGGACUUGUUGUAACCCCAACAAGGGAACUGGGAAUCCAGAUCGCAGAACAGUUCAGAGUGCUAGGAAAGCCAAUAGGAUUGAGAGUAGCCGUAGUUAUUGGUGGAAUAGAUAUGGUCGAGCAGGGACUGGAGCUGUCCAAGAAACCUCACAUUGUCAUAGCAACCCCUGGGCGUCUAGCUGACCACAUUAAGAGUACAACGACCUUUGACCUCCAUGCCAUCAAGUUUCUGGUCUUGGAUGAAGCAGAUCGCUUAUUGGAGGGGAACUUCGGUCCAGAUUUGGAGGUCAUCUUUGAUUUCUUGCCAGCUAAAAGACAGACAUUGCUCUUCAGUGCCACCAUUACAGAUACCAUGAAGGAGCUACAGAAGAUGUCCAUGAAUAAACCUUACUUCUGGCAUUCCAAAGCACCAGUGGCUACCGUUGAGCAGCUAGACCAACGCUAUGUGCUGAUGCCCGCUCAGGUCAAAGAUGCGUAUCUCAUGUAUAUCAUCUCAGAAUUCACUGAGAAGAACAAGGAUCAUUCUGUUAUUAUCUUCACAAGUACAUGCAAAUAUUGUCAUGUGCUAUCUAUUAUGCUGAGGAACCUCGGUAUGCCGUGUGCUACUCUACAUUCACUUGUUAAGCAGAAAACUAGGAUAGCGUCGUUAGCCAUGUUCAAGUCCAAUCAUGUGAGGAUCCUGGUUGCGACUGAUCUGGCCAGUAGAGGGCUUGAUAUCCCCAUGGUUCAGAUGGUCAUCAAUCAUAACGUACCUACGUCUCCUAAAGACUACAUCCACAGGGUCGGCAGGACUGCAAGAGCAGGUCGUGGAGGUAUGUCUAUUACCAUGGUAACACAAUUUGAUGUCAAGCUCGUCCAAGCGAUAGAAAAGACCAUCAAUGCCAAGAUGACAGAGUAUAAAGUCCCAGAGAAGAAGGUCCUCCCUAUUCUCAAUGAAGUUGCUCUGGCAAAGAGUAAAGCUGAAAUGAAACUGGAAGAGUUGGACUUUGGGGAGCGGAAAGCUAUCCACAAAAGAAAACAACUCAUCCUGGAAGGAAAGGAUCCUGAUGAAGAGGAUAGAAAGAGAGCAGGACCGAGUCAGAAGAAGACAAAACAGCAUCAAAAAGAACCUGACCAAUCACGGAUGGUAUCUCAAAGGAAACACCAAUCAAAAGGAAAAAACAAACUGAAAGGAAAACCAUCAAAAGAAAAGAAGUCUAGAUAGCAUUCAAUGUAAUGCGCUAUCGAUAAGCAGUAUGAACUUUGAACUCUUUGAAAGCAGAUAUUCAUCGGUUUUCACUAGGAAUUGACACCAUUUCGGAUAUCAGUCAAACAGAGUCAAUAAAUAAAUAAACAAGAUUUAUGACCAGCAGCACAAUGUAAUACCAGUAAAAUAUUAUUUUAUGGUGAAGUCAUCAUGUCACUUUCCCUGGCCCGACAGUUGCCCAAAGAGUUUCUCGCCGGUAGUCAAAUUUCCUUUCCCCUUUCGAUCACAUGUAUUUCCAAUGCUUCUCACAAAGUUUUGGGUCAAAUAACAAUCCACUCAUGACUUUUAUGCAAUAUUUCAUUGCAGUAUGAUGUUUGCCUGGUUUAUAUUUCUUGUUUGCCUAAAACACCUGACCAUUUGUACAGGUCUGUUGUUCAGGCCAAAGCAUAGGCUACAGUGUGCCUAAAAAGUGCACCAGCAGGGUGUGUCUAUAACACAUCAAUGCAUUGGAUGCAUGUUAGUGUAAAUGGGUAUUUAAUCGUGACUUCACUUUUUGUGGACCCCCCCCUCCUUCCUAUGAUCUAAAUGACACAAAUUUAUGGAAAUUACAGUAGCUGGGGGUGCGUUUCAUAAAGCUGUUCCUAGAUUACAUGUUGCAAACAACUUGAGAAACAACAUGAAUGAUGAUGUGCUAAGGGUUUCUUGAUAAUUUAAAUCACAACCCAACUUGAAUGUUGAUUGAUACAGAACAUUGACACACAUUUGUGUCUCGAGUGCAAAGCAGAUAGAACA